ACUCAGGACCCACCCAAUCCCGGAGCCAACAUGACGCAAGGAAAUGGCACACGGCAGGUGGGACACAACCUUACCUACACCUGUCAGCCCGGCACCUUCAUCCCGCCCCGAGAGCUGUGCGAGGAGCCGCGGACUGAAGUGGAGGUGAUGUGUGAGACGAACUACACCUGGACGUACAAGGAAGACGACCUGGACUGCUACCCACUGUGCCCGGACGAUCCUCCUUACGUGAGGGACAACGUCACCUCCUCGUGGGACGAACUAACCAGGCUUGUCGGGACGCAGGUAAACUUCACCUGUCCCACCAACCACACCUUCCCCGACCUCAAUGACACCGUGAUCGUCACCUGCGAGGAUGACGGGGAGUGGACGACGCUCAACACCUUCUUCCUCACCUGCCGCAUCCCCUGCCCCGACGCUGAGCCUUUCCCAACCCCCGACAACGCCACCGUCGAAUAUGCCCCGAGUUCCGCCCCGUACUGGGUCAGCGACGAGUUUCUCUACAUGUGUCCCGAUGGCUACGUGUCCCCCUUGUCCAACACCAACGCCACCCAGCACUGUGAGGAGGAAGACGGGUGGAUCCUCAGCGAGCCGGGCUUUGGGUGCUACAAGGCGUGCCUUCAGGACCCGCAGCCCAUCCUCGAGCCGGGCAACACCACCUGGGACGGGUUCAGUAGACUCGUGGACACGCAGGUCAAUCUUACCUGCCCCGUCAACCACACCUUCAGCGACUUCAACUCGACCAUCAGCCUAACCUGUAAUGAGGACGGAAACUGGACCUACGUAGACCCUGAGCUGCUCGUCUGCCGCAUAGCAUGCCCUGAGGACCCCCCCGAAGCCCCCGCCAACGCCACAGUGGAGGGCGUUGAUCCCCCUUACUGGGUUGGGGAUAACCUGACGGUGGCGUGCGAGGAGGGGCUGGGGCUGGAGUGGGGGGGCAAAACCGUCAUCAUCCAGUGCCGGGAGGACGGAUGGACCGAGUUGAACCCUGGGUUUAAUUGCACGCCAGCCUGCGACCCCCCACCCUUACCCCCGGGGCGCGCGACGUACAACCACACGGGGCCAACUCUCUGGGGGGUGACGAUCGAGUAUUUCUGCUCCUUUGGGUUCAAUCUCGGUCCCACCAAUCUCACCUCCACCUGCAAAGAGGGAGCCUGGACGCGCACCUCCCUGCCGCCCUGCUUUGGUGAGUGUCAUGUGUUGUAGUAGUAGUAGUAGUAGUAGUAGUAGUAGUAGUAUUGGGAACGCACAAUUUUACGAGGUAUUCUCAUUUCUCUUAUUAUUUUAUCCUCUUCCUCCUCUUUCCUUUAUUAAACUGAUAGAUAGAUAGAUGGAUAGAUACAUACAUACAUAGACAGAUGGAUAUGUUGUAAGAUAGAUAGAUAGAUAGAUAUGUUGGUAGAUAAACAGAUAGGUAGAUAGAUGGAAAGAUAGGUCGACAUAUGUAGUACUUCUAUAAGACCUUCUUCUAUAGUCUAAUACUUCCAGCCCUUUAAAUAGAGCAGGAAACUGAUUGCCUUGUGCUGUUUUCAUUCUUUUUUUUUUUUUACUUUACAGUUUCCUCCUUUUUCUCUCUUACUUGCUCUUUUCUCUCCAGGGCGAGGAAAAAAAAAUAGUUCGUCUUCUUCUUUUUUCUACUUUUCCCGAUGAGUUGCAAUUCACUCGUCUCGUUGGCAGAUCAAGAAGUAUUGUCCCGUUUUUUCUUAUUUUUUCCUGUCUUUUCUGUCUCGUACUCGAUCUUAUGUUUAAAAGCCAAAAAAAAAAAAAAAGAAAGAAAGAAGCAGUUUGCCUUUUAUUUUCGUAUACAUUCCCUGGCAAGAUACAUUUUUGUCCUCUUCCAAUUUGGUCGAGUAGUAAACUGUCACCUUUUUUCUUCUUUUUCUUCCUUCCUUCCUCUUCGUACGUCUCUUGUUCGCGAUUCUUUAUAUAACACAAAGGAGACAGAUUACCUUCUAUUUUAUUUCCUGGCGACUUGGAUUUUCUCUUCACGACUCUUAUCAUUUUUAUUUCUUCUUCUUCUCCUUCUUUUCCUCCGUUUUAUUUCUCCUUCUUCUCUUUCUUCUUCUUCUCCUUUUUAUUUCUCCUUUUCAUUCUUUUCCUUCUUCUCCUGGCGACUUGGAUUUCCUCUUCAUUCCUGCAGCCAGAACAGGAUUUAAACGACUCUAUCAUUUUUAUUUCUCCUUCUCCUUCUUCUCUUUCUUCUCCUUCUCCUUUUUUCUUUCUGCCUUUGAUGUUCGUCGACGUACCUUUCUCUCUCUCUCUCUCUCUCUCUCUCUCUCUCUCUCUCUCUCUCUCUCUCUCUCUCUCUCUCUCUCUCUCUCUCUCUCUCUCUCUCUCUCUCUCUCUCUCUCUCUCUCUCUCUCUCUCUCUCUCUCUCUCUCUCUCUCUCUCUCUCUCUCUCUCUCUCUCUCUCUCUCUCUCUCUCUCUCUCUCUCUCUCUCUCUCUCUCUCAAGCCUGUAGGUGUAUACAUAAAGACAGCUGGGUAAAAAAAAUAAUAACUGCUGAAUAACAUGAAUAAAAUAAAUAAAAUCGUCACUUCAUCAGUUCGCACAAAGUUACCUCGGCUGCGUUUUUUGCCUCAUUUGAAUUUCCGUCUCCCUAAUGGAAUCUAUUUGAUCUUCCAAUUUAAAAGAACGUUUCGGAUAUGUAGAUUUAUUAUUUGUUCUAUUUGAUAUUUCAGCGAGGUAUUUAAAUUAGUUUCCAUCAGUAAGAAAAAAUAAAUUAUAAAAUGGUUUCUUCGUUAACCUUGAACUUGACCUUCUUCUUCUUCUUCUUGUUUUAGUUUCGUUUUCUUCUCAUACCGUUUUGUUAAUGAGUUCUUAUUCAAUAACUAAGAAAUCCCUAACCUCAUCUAUUUCUUUACAUUGUUCUUAUCUUUAUUUAUUUAUUUAUUUUGUUAUCUGUUUUUUGGUUCUUUGGGGUCCGAUGAGUUUAUUUUUUAUUACUGAAUUGAUAAAAAAAAAAAACAUAAAAGAAGGGUGUAGAAAAAUCCCUAAUCUUAUCUAUUUAUUUACAUUCUUAUCUCUGCUUUUUCUUGCUAUUUUUUUGUUUUCAUUGAUAUUUUUUUAUUGUCAGGUAUUUCAUUUUAUUCCCUUAGUGAAAAGCUGAAGAUAAAAAGUGACGAAUUUUAUCAUCAAAGUUUUCUCACUAUUGAAAUGCUAAGAUUGUUGUGAUAAAAAUGUGAAAUUUGUGAAAAAAAUGCUAUAUACUUCUUUUUUUUCAAUGAGUCUGUUUCAUAAUACUAAUGCUUUUUUUCCUAACUUUUUUCUCAUAAAGAUUUCAGGAACAUUUUUCAUAUAACUGUGCAUAUCUGAUUACAUGCCAUUACCUCUGUAGUAUUAAGAUAGCCCCAUGUGUGUGUGUGUGUGUGUGUGUGUGUGUGUGUGU